UUCAUUAACGCGUACUUUUACUUUGACAGUUGAAACUCACUGCUACAGAUUUAAAAGCAAACUACAAAGGGUAAAGUCAUAUCUUUGAACGCUAGAUUGUCAGAAUCGUAGGAUUUAUAGAUUUUCAGGUUUCAAGCUAGAGCAACAUGGUAGGGAAAGCACCCCUUGUGGGGGUUGGGAAUCCUGGAUCCAAAUUCCUGCCCUUGGGCGAUCUUGGACUUUACUUUUCAAGAUCUCAUUUUUCUCCUUUACAACAUGAGGUGGUUGGGUUAGAUCAUCUUCAAAGUCGCUUUCAGCUCUAAAAUGCUAUGAUUUUUAAUAAUUUAAUGUGUAUUCUUCUACUAGGCUGUCUUAGGCAUUUCUUGUGCUGGAAAUUAAAUAUUUCUUAAGCUAGUGGACAAGAUUUAAUGUCACUAGGUGUCAACAUUUAAGUUAAAACUGAUUUAUUCAAAAAUAAGAUUAAUUUUGGAAGAUAGGGAUGAAUUUAGAAUUUUGAGGUGGGUGUGUGAAAUCUUGGUUUAAUUCUUCUUUUUUUAAUAAGCAGGAGAAACAUAUUUGAAUAAUAUUUACAUUUAAGAUAAUGUAAGACUUGAAAAAACCUGUCUGUUUAAAAGUCAUUUAAAGCUAUUUGUAUCUCCUCCAUAAAGAAAGUUGAACCUAUGCCUAGAUUUUUGAACGUGAUAGUUUUUUUCUAAUAUAUUAUUUUUAAAUGUCAGUUAUUUUGAGUGUUUCUAGAAGGAUUGUAGACAUUAAGUUGUUCAUAGGUAGAAGCAACAGACUAGGAACUAUCGACAAGACAGAGAACCGUUUCUCAGAGAUGAGUAGACAAAGCCAGUGUUGGGCGUCUGAUGCAAUUAAGAAAUUCAGAUGUGGUUUAAAUGUUUUUAAUUUAAAAUAAUCAGAUGAGUAGAACUAUAGUAAAUAAUAAAGAAAUCUCCAGAAUAAAAUAUAUUUUAAGGUUUACUUAUAAACCAAAAUAUAUGCCUGCUUUUCCUUUACUUAGAUGUUUAAGACAAGGUAGAAAGAUUUUUUUUUAACAAGUAGCCAGUGAUUAUACAUUGAUCUUUCUUUUUAAGGCAAGUUACUACUUCAGAGAAAAUGCCUUGGUAUCUUAGCUUGCAUCUAUUUUUUCCCUUAAAAAAAGAUUUACUAAUUUGCUGAUCAUUACCUGAAGAAAUACUCCUCCCACAUAUCCAGAUAAACUCUUAAACAGUGAUUUCUGUUAUGAAAAAUGCUCUCUGUGACAUAUACAUAUAUAAAAAAGAAAGCAUAGGAAUUAGCAAAUACUGGGGCUCAAGUGUGUAGAAAAAUCCCUUUAUCAUAGCGCGAGGUCAUGGACGCAAACGUGAGGGGGAGAUAUGGAUUACAGACGCAAUUUCGCCCUAUUACUGGAACUGGUAGGGUGAACUAGCAAGUUAGCACUGGUGGCUGCCACUUCACAACCAUGGACGACGAUGUUGUGAUAUAAUUUAGAUGCUCAAUAUACAAGUUUUAACUGUAGCAGAUGAAAUAAAAUCCAGACUUUCGGAAGUUUACAAUCAACGCCUGGCCUUUCUCUUUUUGGUAAACAUUUCGCUUAUUACCAUAUGCAUGUUCAUACAUCUUCCCCACCAACGAUUUUAGUUCACUAUUUCCAAUAAAAUUGUAUGCUGAAAAAACUGGAACUGCUGUUGCCCUGUCAUUCUUAUUACUUGGGGUCACAACCACGGGACUUCCCAGUAAGAAGCACGCACCCUCCCUUAUCAUCCAGAGCAGAAGAGAAGGUAAAGGUAGAAACAGAGAUGAAUUUAUGCAAGUUAUUGUCUAAAGGCAGUUUGAUAUCUAUGAAGUGUGACACACACACACACACACACACACACACACACACCCCACAAAGUCUUUAGGCUCCAGUUACAAGCGCUGCGUCAUCUGCCAGAUCACAUGGUAAUUGUUGCUAUUUCAAGGAUCAAGUGGCAUAAAGCUCCCCCCCAUCCCACCCCUUUCCUUUGGUACCAUAUAGCGUGGAAGAGUGAUUAUUGUGUGAUGGGGUAAGACCAGGCUCUCUGAUCCAACCCUCCCAGCUAGAAACCGGCUCUCAGUGGGGUGGCGCGCCCGCGCGUGUGUUGUGUUCUCACGGAGUGAUUGGGAAAGGGGGACGGGGGAGGGGGUCUCAGGGGAGGAAGGGCAGCUCUAAUUGGUUUCUCAAUGAAAGAUAAUCACCUAUUCCCGGGAGAGGCUAGGGAUUAGCACUCUGCCUCUCCUCUCCAUCGCUUUUAGACUUCUCAUCCUCCCCUCGGCGCUUUUAGUCCAUUCAGCAGAAGUGGAUCGAAGAAAGCGGCUCCUCGCGCCACAUUCGGGGCAGCACACUGCUGCGCUAGAGUACUUCGCGCCCCAUUCACUCCCUCGCUCCGCGCUCGCCUCCCCCGGCUGUUGUCCCAGCCGCCGCAGCCGCCCGAGAAAAAGUUUCGCGGAGGGGCUCAGGGAAAAAUGAGCGAGCUGGAGGAAGACUUUGCCAAGAUUCUCAUGCUCAAGGAAGAGAGGAUCAAAGAGCUGGAAAAGCGGCUGUCAGAGAAGGAGGAGGAAAUCCAGGAGCUGAAGAGGAAACUCCACAAAUGCCAGUCGGUGCUGCCGGUGCCCUCGACCCACAUCGGCCCCCGGACCACACGGGCGCAGGGCAUCUCGGCCGAGCCGCAGACGUACAGGUCCUUCCACGACCUCCGACAGGCAUUCCGGAAGUUCACCAAAUCCGAAAGGUCUAAGGAUCUCAUAAAGGAAGCCAUCCUUGACAAUGACUUUAUGAAGAACCUGGAGCUGUCGCAGAUCCAGGAGAUUGUGGAUUGUAUGUACCCGGUGGAGUACGGCAAAGACAGUUGCAUCAUCAAAGAAGGAGAUGUGGGAUCACUGGUGUAUGUCAUGGAAGAUGGUAAGGUUGAAGUUACAAAAGAAGGUGUGAAGCUAUGCACCAUGGGUCCAGGAAAAGUUUUUGGGGAGCUGGCUAUUCUUUACAACUGUACUCGGACAGCGACCGUCAAGACUCUUGUAAAUGUGAAACUCUGGGCCAUUGAUCGACAAUGUUUUCAAACAAUAAUGAUGAGGACAGGACUGAUCAAGCAUACCGAGUAUAUGGAAUUUUUAAAAAGCGUACCAACAUUCCAGAGCCUUCCUGAAGAAAUCCUCAGUAAGCUUGCUGACGUCCUUGAAGAGACCCACUAUGAAAAUGGGGAAUAUAUCAUCAGGCAAGGUGCCAGAGGGGACACCUUCUUUAUCAUCAGCAAAGGAAAGGUAAAUGUCACUCGUGAAGACUCACCAAGUGAAGACCCAGUGUUUCUUAGAACUCUAGGAAAAGGAGAUUGGUUUGGAGAGAAAGCUUUGCAAGGGGAAGAUGUGAGAACAGCAAAUGUAAUUGCUGCAGAAGCUGUAACCUGCCUUGUGAUCGACAGAGACUCUUUUAAGCAUUUGAUCGGAGGACUGGAUGAUGUUUCUAAUAAGGCAUAUGAGGAUGCAGAAGCUAAAGCAAAAUAUGAAGCUGAAGCUGCUUUCUUCGCCAACCUGAAGCUGUCUGAUUUCAACGUCAUUGAUACCCUCGGAGUUGGAGGUUUCGGACGAGUAGAACUGGUCCAGUUGAAAAGUGAAGAAUCCAAAACGUUUGCCAUGAAGAUUCUCAAGAAAUACCACAUUGUGAAUACAAGACAGCAGGAGCACAUCCGCUCGGAGAAGCAGAUCAUGCAGGGGGCCCAUUCCGACUUCAUAGUGAGACUAUACAGAACGUUUAAGGACAGCAAAUAUUUGUAUAUGUUGAUGGAAGUUUGCCUGGGUGGAGAGCUCUGGACCAUUCUCAGGGAUAGAGGUUCAUUUGAAGAUUCUACAACCAGAUUUUACACGGCAUGUGUGGUAGAAGCGUUUGCCUAUCUGCAUUCCAAAGGAAUCAUUUACAGGGACCUCAAGCCAGAAAAUCUCAUCCUAGAUCACCGAGGUUACACCAAACUGGUUGAUUUUGGCUUUGCAAAGAAAAUAGGAUUUGGAAAGAAAACAUGGACUUUUUGUGGGACUCCAGAGUAUGUAGCCCCAGAGAUCAUCCUGAACAAAGGCCAUGACAUUUCAGCCGACUAUUGGUCACUGGGAAUCCUAAUGUAUGAACUUCUGACUGGCAGCCCGCCUUUCUCAGGCCCAGAUCCUAUGAAGACCUAUAACAUCAUACUGAGGGGGAUUGAUAUGAUAGAGUUUCCAAAGAAGAUUGCCAAAAAUGCUGCUAAUUUAAUUAAAAAACUAUGCAGGGACAACCCGUCAGAAAGAUUAGGGAAUUUGAAAAAUGGAGUGAAAGACAUUCAAAAGCACAAGUGGUUUGAGGGCUUUAAUUGGGAAGGCUUAAGAAAAGGCACCUUGACGCCUCCGAUAAUACCAAGUGUUGCAUCACCCACAGACACAAGCAAUUUCGACAGUUUCCCUGAGGACAAUGACGAACCACCACCUGAUGACAACUCAGGAUGGGAUAUAGACUUCUAAUGUAUUUCUCUUACCUGCUUCUGCCUUGCUGAAGACAGCUUUUCCUGAGACUCAGCUGCCAGCAAACCUGAGGGAAAGAGAGAAGAUUCGUGCUCGGGGUCACCAUGAUGCCUUUGAUCGAUGCUGCUCCAGUAACUACAGUGGCAUUAGGACUUAUUGCUUAGAUGACAAUAGUGCUCUUUACAUGUUUUCUGUUUGAACCUAAAAAUAGCAGUUGACAUGGUGGUCCUGAAGCAAAGCCUUUCACCAGUAAAGAGAUGUUUUCUAUUGUUGCAAUGAUGUUGCUUUGCUCCGAUUAUAAUUUGAAAGACUGUAAGAAAUACUUCAAUCUAGUAAAAGAGUCUGUACCUUGCUAGAAUGAUCAAGAAGAUCAAAAAAUAAUAUAUUGGGUACGACAGAUUACUAUGGUACAAAAACUGGGCUCUUCCCUUUCUUCAAGUGAGGGUUGUAGGAUCGAUGACUGCAAGCCGGUGUAUAUACCGUAAAAAGAGGACCACACAUCUGUUGGUCACAGAGUUCAUGUCAAACCAGUGCUAGACGUUUCAUGAUUUUAUUUCCCAGCAGUGCUGAUGACGAGACUGAAUGUUACCUUUCCUUUCUGACAGAUUUUAAAAAUUGAUACGUUAAAAGCACAACUGCUAUAGGGGUUCUGCUGCGAACUCUCAUAGCAGGGACAUAUGCGUUUUCACAGAGGAUUGAAAAAAAUGACAUGCAUGAUAUUUGUUUGUUUCUUUUUGAUAAAUUGGCAUGACAGAGUGGGAAAAUAAGCAAUUCACAAACCAUUUCAUAUUUUUAAAAAUAUUGUGCUUAAAGAUGGUCCUGGAAAUAAAUGACUAGCAGCCAAUUGGUUUUUAUUUAUUAACUAACACGCCCUCAAACUGAGGCUUAAAAUAUUCCCUUUUAUAAAAAUAAACCCUUGGGGUGGGCGGUGGGGCGGGGUGGAGAGGGAUUAAGAUCCAUCCAAAAAACAACAAACUCUAUAGGUGCUAUGUAUAUCUUUCAUCUGUAAAUGUCAGUGUCUGAACAGACAACACAAAUUCUAACCAUUACAUGUGUAGCCAGAGACUGAAGCAUUUUCACUAAAUUUAUCAAAGCAACUCCUGUCAGAUUUCACUUACAACAUCGUCUAGGGUUAAGGGAGAAAGGUGAUUAAAAACCUAUUUGAACUAGCUUCUUGUCUUAGGCCUGAACCAAAAAUCAAAAACAAAAACAAAAAAAAAAAAGAAAAAAUGAAAGCACAAAAUCAUUAGGAUAUUAAGAUUCAUCAGAUGAGAAACCUUAUUUAUGUGAGGUCAGGAAACAAGACAAGAACCUGGCCAGGUGUUGAUUGCUUUUUCGUGAAUGAUAUGAGUCCACAUGCAUGUGAAAAUAACAAGGGAGUAGAGAGGAAAACAGGAUUCUGAUUUCUUAAGAAUAAACUUUUGCUAAGUAGAACAGAAAUACUACAAUCCUGAAACAUCAUGCUAUCUAGCAAAGACUAGAUUUGAAAAUGUCAAACUGAUUUGCUUUUUUCACGUGGCAAAAACGAUCAGCAAUUUAAACUGAGUUCUUUGUUGACAGGCCAGUUGACUAUUAUUAGCUGUCAUAAGUAACAGAGCCAUUUGAUAGCUUUUCCUGGACAAAUAGCAUUAUACCUACUUAGACAAAUGCAUAACCUUACGAGUUGUCAUCCUGAUUUGGAACUGUGUGAAUUUGGUAUAUUAAAUAGAGAUUUGCUUUUUUCUAGUAAAGAGUCUUCUUAAAAGUCAAAUGUAAACAUUUCUGCAAAAAAAUGUCCACCUAGAACAUUAUACUGUAUCCAGGAAGGCACAUAUUAUGAUUUUUGUUUGAAUGUUUCAUACUAUUUUAGAAUAUAUCUUAUUAAAAUAUAAUAAUCUAAGAAACAUUGGGAGAACAAAAUUACUAAGCACAUAGUAUAUAUAAUUAGAAUAAAGUUAAAUUAAACCUUCGAUCCUAAGAUGUUUCAGUUAUUCUUGUGUUAUUGGAAUUUUCCCUCCCUUACAAACAAUUUCUCAAAAUCAGUCUAUUCCCCAAGAUAUCCAGUUUCUUCUGCAGAUUUUAGAAUAUGAAAUUAAACAUUUCAACCUAAAAUCCAGCUAUGAAUGCUAUUCAGAUGUUUUAUAUUGCUCUUAAUUGGGAUUUAAAAAUAUAUAAAUUCAACACUAUAGUCAAUGUUCAAUGAUUUUUGUUAAAAGAUAGAAUGGUGUAGGAAUGCUAAAGAUUUUCUAGAAUAUUAAAUUUAACUAGUCAUUAAGGCAGAGAAUCUGCUCCUGCAACUUUGCAAAUAUCUCAAUAACCUCAGAGAUCAGCACUUACUGUGGAUUUUGGAAUUAUGGUUCAAGUCUAAGACAACCACAGGUACAAGUUCUAAGGAGAAUGAAGAAGUAGCAUUCAGCACAAUGUCACUGUAGGCUGUUUCUCCCACUUGUUACUGCAUCUUUGUUUAUUUCACCUGUGACAUUACAUUAGGAUGUCUAAAGCAAUCACCAAAAAAUAAAGGUGAACUACAUCUUCCAAGAAUUACUAACAGAAAACAUUCAUCUAAUUUUCAACAUUGAAUUUUAAGGAUUUAAAUCUUGUCUUAAUGAAGACACUAGGGCUAAAAUUCAUGGUCAGCUUCAUAAAGUGCAUCUCACUUUAUUUCUGAGUUUUUCAUGCCCCCUCUAUUUUUUUUACACUAAAGGACAUCUGGGUAAGUUAGAAUAGUGCCAACUUGUUUGAUUUGUUAACUGACUUUCUUGUUAAUAUUUUGAGUAUGGGAAAUAAGGGCUUUCUGUGUGUCUCGACUCACAGGAAAACUGAAAACUGCCAAGAAAAGAAACAUCAUAAUAUUUGAGAUAGAUUAAAUACAUUAGAGAAAAUGAUUUCUGGAAAAUUGCUAUAGGUGAUUUUUGAGUUUGUACCUUCUUUGUUGUUAAUAUAUGAAUCAGAUCCAUGUGACAUUUCAAAUAAACUUAUUUUGAUUAUAUUCUUUAUAAGUCAUAAUUUUUUCUUAAAAUUAUGGGAUAUGCAUGUGAAUCACACAUGUAUAAUAUAAAUUCAACUAUUGAAUUUUUCUUGUUUCAUUUCUAAAGGACUGAACUGAUGGUGAAUUUAAAUUUAAAGAAGUCAGCUACCAUGUUGAAAAUAAGGAUAUUAGAACUGAUUUCAUACAGUAGAGGUGAUCUGUGCAUUAUCCAUAACAACAUUUUCUUUCACACUAGGACCACAAACAAAUAUUUAUGUAAAUAGAUAUUUUUGUGUGAUAUUUUGUGGUACUUAUAACUUUUUUUAGUGUUUCACAGCAUUAUUAUUUCAUUUUAUUUCUAUUGAAUAAUGUUUUUAGGUCCAAGUAGACUUGAAUUAAUGUCAUAAUUGUCAGUAUUAUUGAAAUUAUGUCAACUGUACUGUUUUUCAUCUGUCCCAUAGUUUAGAACAUGACCCGGCUAUCUGGCAUUGUUGCAAGUGCCUUAAAUUCAUGGCAUCCUAUUAAAAAACAAAUUUGGUGUUAUGCUGCAUGACAAAGACAAACACACCUCAAAAUGUUGUCCUUUCUUAGCUUGCUGCGUUUUACAGUUCUUUCUGCUAACAAUUUAUAAGCCUUUAUUAUAUAAUAUUGAUGAAUUACAGAAAUGAUGAAGUUGUUCUCUUAUUUCUGUUAAAUGUACCAGAGCUGUGUAUCUGUUAAUGAGAUACAGCGUCAUUUCUGUGAAAUGUAUAAAUGUACGUGCAGGUCAAAUUAAUAUAUGACAUACUAUCAGUCUGUAUACAGGUAUUCCUGUUUUGCUAAGCUGUGCAGAUUCAGUUUAAAUAUUAGUGCAGUCAAGUUCUAACAUAUCUCAUUUUAUUGACUCCAUUAACAAUGGUCCAACUGAAAAGAAAAAUUAGAAAGUGACUGCUAACUACACCUUGUUAUGAAACCAAUGAUGAAAAAGAAUCUUGGUGCAGCACUCAACAAAACAGGAUGCUUUCUCUGAGUUCUUGUAUAUGCAAAUCGUGGAUGAGGCAAAUUUUCAACAGACCUAGAAAGCUAAACAUUGAAAGUGUGUUGUUAGUCCUCUUCUCUAUCUGCCCCUGCGUCAACAGAGCUCUGGGACCUUGACGAUGACUCAGAGGUUUGGGCUUUCUGAGUAAAGGGACAUUUCUUUAAGCAUCAUCUAUCAAAUUUAUUUCAAUGUAUGAUGUUUUUACAAUUGGUCAGUUCUUUUGUAUUCUUACAGCUAUGGUUAUUUGAUUGUCCUCUUACAAUUUGUUCUACAUGAAAGAGUCCUUUGUUAGUCAGAAUGCAACAACUGUCAUCAAAUGGUCAUUGACCACUUGCACUCUUUUGAUGUAGAUUAAAAACUUUUUCAUAAACUUAACCUGCUUUGAUUUGCUCUGUAUUUUUCCUGCAGCUGUAAUUGCCGAGUGCCUGUUGUAUACUUUAUAGAGUUGAAAUAAAAAAUAAUUACUUUUGAA